AGAGGAACACCACUCCAGUAACCUUCUCAAACAUUUUCUUAAAAACAUCUCUAAUCAUUCCAAAAUAUUAGACACUUUUACGAUUAGAUUCAGAUUUAAAUUACAAAUAAAAUAAAAAAAGGUAGAAAAGAGUUCAGGUGAGGAGUGGUGUAGGGCAUGAAAUUCUUACUGGAGCUCGUCGUGCCUUGCUUUGGUUCGCAGCAGUUCCACCACUCCGCCGUGGAUGAUUCCAUUUCAGGCGAAACGCAGUCGCUAAUGAAACAGCGAAGGCGGCGGAAACGCGUCAGACUUGCGGGCCAACCGGGACAAGAGUGGAGACCGUCCCUCAGCGUGAUCUCCGAGCACAAGCCGGCGAUAACUGAGAAAUCGGAAGAAGAGCGGAAAGUCCGUCGGAAAAGUGAAGUCUGCGGCGGAGACUCGUCGUCCCGAUCCGGUGGUAGUCAUGUUCGUUUCCACAGUGACGGUUUGGGGAGUAAUGAUUUGGAACCAGUAAUUCCGACAUUCUCACCGACCCCGUUCAUGUUUUGAGUUUUAGUAGUUUAUCUAUGUAUAUAUAUUUGAUACUAAUUAGUAACUGCCACCGAUAUAUAAACAUAUAUAAAUAAAUAUGUUUCGCCGAGCUCAAAUAAUAGAGUUUGUUGAUGACACAAAAAAAGUUUGUCUAUCAAUUUGCUUGUUAAGUUUAUCUGCUUACCCUACGGAGCACGUUAGAGUAACCAAAAUGGGUAUCUAAAGAAAAUUUUAUGUGAAAA